CUCACCUCGACUAACAAUCUGCCAUUUUUUAUUUUAUGUAGUUUUUUUGUAGUCUUUUUUCUUGUCCUUUUUGCCCCCUCUUCCCGGCGCCUAUGCCUCGUAGGGCGGCCCGGGGAACCAUCCAGGGCUUCAACCAAGGCUCUGGCCGGGGCCGCUAUUGAACCGCCUUCUAUCGACCCACUCAUCCGGAGACGUUGCCGCCGGCUUCAUCCCGUCAACUACACCGACCAGGAAGACUUUCGCACGUCAGUAUCUCUUUUCGAGAAAAGAAGAAAGCUGGAUUCAACAUGGCACUCUGCUUGGCGGGACGAAUGACUGAUUGCCGCGCUAGAGAUGACGGCUUGGGCUCUUCUCGGGCCCAACAGCCUUUGCUAUACUCAAUUGCUACACCCAUCCCGUCGAAGCAUUCAGAUGCUGGUUUCGGCUACCGAGUGGCUCAGCAGCCGAGGAGUCGGGCAACAAGUGUCUACAGAUUACAUCAUUCUCAAGUUUUCUUCUGGCAACUAUCGCUCAACGAUGUAUGAAAAGAGGCACAGAGGGCAAAGGAUUUGAAGCCCAACGCCCACCAACACCAUCCAAGAAUAUGGCCAGUGAGGAUUCCACAUGGCAUCAGAGGAUGCAGUUCAAGCACUACGGACCAGAUACAAACCAUUCAAAUACCACAGUUCAAACGCCCCUCUGUUCGAUCAGGAGCUUCAACGUCAGCCAGGC